CUGUACUGUGUCCGCAGUCUCUGGUCAUCCACUGUACUGUGUCCGCAGUCUCUGGUCAUCCCCUGUACUUUGUCCGCAGUCUCUGGUCAUCCCCUGUACUGUGUCCGCAGUCUCUGGUCAUCCCCUGUACUGUGUCCGCAGUCUCUGGUCAUCCCCUGUACUGUGUCCGCAGUCUCUGGUCAUCUCCUGUACUGUGUCUGCAGUCUCUGGUCAUCCCCUGUUCUGUGCGUCUUAUGG